AUGACCCAGACACAGAUUCCUCCAAAAGACUAUUGGUCUACAGAGACAUAUGCAGCUGCGGCUUCUUUUGUCCCCCAUUUUGCCGACACUCUCAUCCAAAGCAUAGAAUUUAACCCUACGGACAGAGUUCUAGACAUUGGAUGUGGUGAUGGCAAGUUUACCACCAGCUUUGCUCCCUCGGUCAAUUAUGUUAUGGGCGUUGACUCUUCCCCAUCCAUGAUCAACACGGCCAAGACAUUGGACUACGGUGGAACGACCACCGAUUUCCGCGUUGUCGAUUGUCGGCACCUUGAAGAAUAUGCAGAAGUUAUGAAUGGAAACUGGGAUAAAGUCACUUCCAAUGCUGCAUUCCAUUGGAUCUUGAAAGACCCAUCUACCCAAAAGGUCACAGCAUUCAUGUUCGCCCUUGUCAACCAUGGAGUUCCAAUCGAGACGGCGGAAGCUAUGUGCCCCUGGUUUUAUCCGUCCGACGUCUAUAUGAAGAAGAUCAUUGAGAGUGUCGGGUUUCAGGUUAAGAUGAUUGAACUUAACCCCCAACCGCUGGAGCUGACCACCUCUGAUAACGGUGGACUGGAAGGAUUCAUGAGAUUAAUCGGCGCUCAGAUGCUGGAUAUCUUGGAUACCGAGGAGAAGAAGAAUAGUGCGAUAGAGCAGAUCUGCCGAAUGCUCCGUCUUCUUGGACAAGGAAUAUCGGUUGUCUCGAGUCCUCAUGUGUUAGAGGAAAUGGUAGAAACCAAAAUCCUACUGCCAAUGCAUGACGAGAAUUCCUACGCAGCUGUUAGACAACAGACUGUUCGCAUAUCUGGAAAAAGAUCACCAUCAAGCGAAGAACUCUUCCGACUGUUCGAUCUUGGAAUCCAAAGACGAAUCAUUUCCAACUCGAUCAAAGAUCCCACGGUUAGUGUCUCACAAAAAUCCACGAUCAAGAGCUUCGCGGAUAUAUUUCCCGCAGUUUUCGAUCCUGGAUAUCGGGAUGCCAUGAAUCAGCGAGGAGUGACAAUUCCAAUGAUCACGAAAGCCAUAUCGUCUUUGGUGGUAGGAAACAAGAAUCUAUCCACCAAAGCUAAAUUGGCAGAUUUGCUAGAGCUCACUUCCUCCCAUCAGACGGGUGACUUGGCGAUACAGCCUCAACUUCCAAGUUGCAAUAAUGCAGUAUUCUCAUCCCUUUGGUGUGUCGCGCAGAACAAUGUGCCCAGAAUAAAACCCAGAAGAAGAGGAGUUUCGAUGCUUUUCACAGAAUUUCCAUCGAACGCACUGGCUGGAUUAGACGAGCUCGUGGAUCUUACGUCUAUAGAUCAGCAUCAACCUGAUAAUGAAAAUCCGGGACAGUGUCAUUCUUCUCAAACAAAAUAUCACGACGAGAAUGAAGAAAGCGACGUGUGCUUGUUGAAUAGCGAAUCCGAGGACCAGCUUUUGGACAAUUUCAGCGAGACAAGCUUCACAGACAUCGGGGAAUCGACGCAAACAUCUCUUGAUACAUUGUUAUCGACAACUGGGUCUUCCCAGACUUCAUACGGUGACCGUGAUGCUAUGCUUCUCUCGGAUCAUGGCGAAUUGGCGGAUUAUCCGGAAAACUACGUGAUAGAUUAUGAUCCCCGAGAGGAUAUGGAGGCAUGCGAUGCGGACAUUAUAAUGGCUGAUUAUCUUUAG